AUGGACCAAGAAAGCGAGUAUCUUAGUUUCUCAAAUUUAUCAAAUACAGGGGGAAUGAUCAUGGUGAACCGCGGACGGCCACGGCCUCUGCAGUACGUGGCCAAUACUGCUUUCUUGGCAUCUCUGUUUGUGGAUUACAUGAAUGCCACCGAUGCUCUAACUUGGGGAUGUGGCCCAUAUGAACUUUCAUCAUUACUUCUUCGAGGUUUUGCCACAUCCCAGGUGUCGUCUUCCUCUCUUUCUUUUCUUAUUUUCAUUCAAAUUUGCAUCCAUUCUUGCACGACUACAUCCUUUGUUGUGUGUGUUUUUUUGGGUUUUUUUAAACAGAUGGACUAUAUCCUUGGUAAAAACCCCAUGAACAUGAGCUACGUGGUCGGAUAUGGCACCAAGUUCCCUGGACAUGUUCAUCACCGGGGUGCAUCAACGCCAAAUAAUCACAAAAAUUAUUCAUGCAAAGAAGGAUGGAAAUGGCAGAACAGCAAGACUCCCAACCCCAACACCAUUACAGGAGCCAUGGUUGGAGGGCCCGAUGAAUUUGACCAAUUUCAGGAUGUGCGCAGCAGUGAUGAUUACACCGAGCCAACAAUGGCAGGUAAUGCUGGACUGGUUGCUGCACUUGUAUCCCUGACCAACACUUUUGGCAAUGGCGUCGACGUUAAUACUAUAUUUUCAGCACUUCCGCCACUAAUCUAAUCUCCCGACUUAGCCCAACACAACCGCCCUCGAAGCCAUGACCCUCUUUGUAUUAUGAGUUAUUCUAGUCUAGCGUGUCAACACAUUAGUUGUGUCAAUUCACAUCCUGAUGUGUCUUAAUGCGUCAAAACUAUCGACUCGCAAAUAGAAUUUUUCUUGUAUUAUAUACAAAACACCUGUUUGCUUGAUUCACAAUUGUUAAGGUUGUGUUUCGUACGUUUGGAUUGGGCUAAGUUCCUACAAUUUAGGCAGGGAUGUUUCUAUAUG